AUGCCGGUGGUAGUGGUGGAGAAAUCCUAUCGCUCUUCCUCCUUCCCACAGCAUUUGGCAAGUUCAACUUGCUCUCUCGCUCAAGUUCAGCAGUGCACAUUGGGACGGACCAUCAUUCAACUAUCCUAUUCUAUUAUUAUUAUGAAAUAAUCAUCUUAACAUAAUCGAAUUAUAUUGACAUGGUUAUAAUUUGAACAAUUAUACGUUUAGUAAAUGGAUUUCAGUCCUUGACAAAAACGUAUUAAUAUCUUCCUAUCAUAGUUUUUCUAAAAACUUUUUAUCGAAUUAAGAAUGGAAUAGAAACAACGAAAGAUAUUAAAGAAUUAAAAAUAGUUCUCAACUUUUUUUUAAAAUUAUCUUUACAAAUACUCAUACAAAUAUCAAAAUAAUAGCGUAAUAAUGUAACUUAAAACAUUUUCUAAUGGCUUAACCCCACAGUGCCCGAUUGGGAGCUCUGCCCGUGACAGCAGAGGCUGAAAGCCGGCUACCGGCGAGGGCUGUUGCUCCUUUUUCUUUAUUCCACUCUUCCAUCAACCAUUGCACAGUGGUAUCGAUAAAGUCGAUUUGAAAUUUUACUUUUCAUUGAAAAAUUAUACACAAAUAAAAGCUCCAGCUUCAGUGGAUGUCGCAUAAGAAACUCUCGCCACAACUGGAGUGCGUAGGAAUUGGAGUGGACCUUGUAAACAAAGCUGAUUGGGAUUCACUACCUAAUAUAGCGAAAUUUGAUACUUUGAAAUUGGAUUAGGGGCUUGUUUGGAUAUUUAUGUACAACUGCGUAACAACAACAAUAGCACCAGGCCUAUGCAUAAAACACAACAACUUCAGCAUCCAUUUCACCACUUAUAACAACAAAACUUCUGCUUGACAACCCCGGCGAAUAGAAGAAAAGGGAGCAAAGUAGAGAAAAUCGCAAGAGAAGAAAAAAGGAAACAAAAGACGCACGCGGUUGCCACGGAACUAAAAACUUUUGGCUGCGUGUGUACGUGAGUUCACACUCUCCUCGGGCGAGAAGAGAAGAUGCACGCGAAAAAAAAUGGGAGAGGAGCAGCCACCACAAAAAGGAGACAGACAACUCCCACCGACCAAACUCAGCACAAGUUUGCUAAUUUAGCCAGUUAGUUACUGUAGCCUGAUUCAAUUAGUCAGAUAAGGACCUUGCUCUAAAUAAGAAAAUGCACAAAAAUAUGCCGAGACUCGCUCGUUGAUGAAGAUGCUAAAGAAGGAUGUGAUUGAGCAGCUCUUAGCGGAAAGGAAAAGUAGUGAGCAAAAGGACAAGCAACUGGCGACGCUACAUAUUACAAUUCAAGAGAAGGAUAAAAUGCGCGAGGAGGAAGUCAAGCUAUAUUACCAAAUGGAAGAGGAGAUUGCCGAUCAGAAAUUAUUGCAAGAGCAGUUGUUGUUCGAGUCCAAGGAGGAAAUAAAUCGGCAGCUAAAAAACAUUGCCAUCGAAAAUUCUUGCUGCAUAUGCCUGGAUCCUUGGGAAGCGAAGGAUCAUCACCGCUUGGUUUCGCUUAAUUGUGGUCACCUUUUUGGGGAGAUGUGCAUCCGGACCCACUUGAAGCAUGCCAAUAUGUGCCCAAUAUGCCGAAAAAAAGCUAUUGAAAGAGACGUCCGGCAUGUGUUAUUAAACACGUCUUAAAAUUAUUUCCUAUAAAUACGAUCUUAUACCUUUUAUACAAUUAAUAAAGAGCGUUGAUAAGCUCGAUCGAUUUAACCGAUAAACAUAAAUUUUAACAAGUCACUUCGAUCAUAU